CUCAAAGGAGAGCUCUUUCCUCUUUCUCCUCUGAGCCCCAGAUCCGCUCUUUUCCCCUUCUCCACCCGCGGCCUCCUUCCCCUCACCCCAAGAUAUCAGAUUCGGCCGUGGGCCGCCCGGGACCGAAGGGCUGUGGCCGGGUCGCUGCUGCCCGCUGGCUCGGAGCUGCUUGAAGACGCUCACAUUCGCCAACCCCAACCCUGAGAAGCUAGACAGCAAGAAAUUCAAGGUAACCCACACAACCUUAUAUCCGUCGCGCAGUGAUGACGUGUAGAGAACGUUGGCGCGAGGGCCAGCGCAAUGAGCAAGAACGGCCGUUUUGAUUGGUUCCUGGUAAGCAGUGGGCGCGAGAUCUCGUGAGAUCCGGAAGAAGUUGCCUUUCUGCAAGGCAGUCGGCUUCUUUGAGUCAUAGAAGUGAGCCGCUCUGGGCUUAUGGCAGUAAGAUGGCGGGGAAGAAGAAUGUUCUGUCGUCUCUGGCAGUUUACGCGGAGGAUUCAGAGCCCGAGUCUGACGGCGAAGGUGGAGUCGAAACGGCGGGCAGCGCGACUGAAGAGAAAGGUGGAUUGGUAUCUGAAGCCUAUGGAGAAGAUGAUUUUUCUCGCCUCGGGGGUGAUGAAGAUGGUUAUGAAGAAGAAGAUGAUGAGAACAGCAGACAGUCGGAAGAUGACGAUUCAGAGACUGAAAAACCUGAGGCUGAUGACCCAAAGGAUAAUGCAGAGAUAGAAAAGCGAGAUCCCCAGGAAUUAGUUGCCUCCUUUUCUGAAAGAGUCCGGAACAUGUCGCCUGAUGAAAUCAAAAUCCCGCCAGAACCCCCUGGCAGAUGUUCAAAUCACUUACAAGACAAGAUCCAGAAACUGUACGAGCGGAAGAUAAAGGAGGGAAUGGACAUGAACUACAUUAUCCAAAGGAAGAAGGAGUUUCGGAACCCCAGCAUCUAUGAGAAGCUGAUCCAGUUCUGUGCGAUUGACGAGCUCGGCACCAACUACCCAAAGGAUAUGUUUGACCCCCAUGGCUGGUCUGAGGACUCCUACUAUGAGGCAUUAGCCAAAGCCCAGAAGAUUGAAAUGGACAAAUUGGAAAAGGCCAAGAAGGAGCGAACAAAAAUUGAGUUUGUGACGGGCACCAAGAAAGGCACCACGACCAACGCCACAGCCACCACCACCACCACCGCCAGCACGGCCGUCGCAGAUGCCCAGAAGAGGAAGAGCAAGUGGGACUCGGCCAUCCCCGUGACGACAAUCGCCCAGCCCACCAUCCUCACCACCACUGCCACCCUGCCUGCUGUCGUCACGGUGACCACCAGUGCCAGCGGCUCCAAGACCACGGUGAUCUCUGCUGUGGGCACCAUUGUGAAGAAGGCCAAGCAGUGACUGGCGGGGCCGUGGGGUCAGAGUGGACCUUCCCCUUCCCGUCUCGGACUCAGCCGACUGUGCUGCCCAUAACUGCUGCCCCCCUUGGGGCACCACUCUAUAUUCCAGACCUGGGGCCUGCUUCCGGCCGCCCAUCCUGGGAAGAGCCUCUGGUUGGCAUUCCAGCUGGAAGGACAUUGCCACCAAGAAGUGGGGCCUGUGGACGUGUGUAGAUCGUUUGGGGUUCGCACCCUAUUAAACGUGCUAUCUUCUUAGCGCUUGGCCUCUCGGGUGCGCUGGCCCCCUACUGUCUGUUUUCAGACAGAUGGGAAAGCCCAGAUGCUCUCUCUAUUUUUGGCUGGGAUUAUUACCCCAGGGUUGAAAUGGGGUAACCAACGCCUGUGGCACUGCUCAGAGGGGUGGCCUGCAAAGUCGCCCUGGUCACCCACUGGCACUCAGUAUGACGCCCCUUGGGGCGCAGGCGGGGGGGAUUCCAGGGGGUGGGGUGAGAACACUGUUACCACUCCCUGCUGCCCCAGUCCUGAAACCCAGUCUGUUCUCAGGCGGGAGCAGUAGCUUCUGCCUCCUGAGGGCAGUAGGGCACCCCCAGACCACUUCUUGGACACACCCAGACUUGAAGUCAAGCUAGUUACCAGAAGAGA